AUGUUUCGCCAUUUUACUAGAACUUAUGCUACUUAUAAAAGAUUUAACAAUACUACUAAAUCUGUAAAUUAUUACAAUUUGCUACAUUCAAGGAAGACUUUAUAUGUUGGUGGUGGUUUAAUUGGUUUUUAUAUUUAUAAUUUACAUGAAGCUCCAUAUACUCAUCGAAGAAGAUUUAUAUGGGUUCCAUUUUGGUUAGGUGAAAAGAUUGGUGAUUAUACUUAUAAACAAAUUAUGUAUCAAUAUGGUUCACAAAUUCUCCCGCAUUCAAAUCCAUUAUAUUCAAAAGUUUCAAAUGUAAUGAAUAAAUUAUUACAAGUGUCAUUAAAUAGUGAAGAAACUCAUCAAAAACAAUUUCUAAAGAAUUUAAAUUGGGAAAUUAAUAUAAUUAAUAAUGAUUCAUUACCUCCAAAUGCAUUUAUACUACCAAAUGGUAAAAUUUUUAUAUUUAGUUCAAUUCUAAGAAUUUGUCAAAAUGAUGAUGGAUUAGCAACUGUUUUAUCUCAUGAAUUAUCACAUCAAUUAGCACAACAUUCAAAUGAACAAUUAAGUUCACAACCAAUUUAUAUGGCAUUAUCUACAAUUUUAUAUACUUUAACUGGUGUUUCAUGGUUUAAUGAUUUAUUAAUUAAUGGUGUUUUAACAAUGCCUGCAUCAAGAGAAAUGGAAAGUGAAGCAGAUCAUAUUGGUUGUGAGAUUUUAGCAAGAGCAUGUUUUGAUCCAAAACAACUGAUUUAUUUUUGGCAAAGAAUGAAUCAAGCUGAAAAAAGAUUAGGAGGUGAAGCUAAUGCAAGAUUAGAAUGGUUUAGCUCUCAUCCAGCAACUUCAAGAAGAAUCGCUGAUAUUGAAUCUUGGAUGCCAAAAUUAGAACAAAUUAAAGCAGAUUCAAAUUGUCAUCUGUUUUAUCAAUUCGAUGAAUUUCAUAGAAAUUUUUUUAAACGUACAUAG